AUGAAAGAUAUUAUGAGCAAAGUCCAAAGCAGAGCUAUAUCCCAAAUGUUUUCUCGCCCCGUUGAUCCAGUUGCCGACAAUUGUCCUGAUUAUCCAGAAAUCGUAAAGACCCCAAUGGAUUUGGGAACUAUCAAUCAAAAGAUAGAUGAAAACAAAUAUAAUUCCGUGAAUGAAUGGAAAAAUGAUGUUGAUUUAGUCUGGAAUAAUUCGUUAGCUUACAAUAAAAACAACCAAACUCUCGUAAUGAUAACAACAGAAUUACAAGAUUUAUUUAACGAGCUUUCAAUGUUUAUUUCUGAUGAUCCUUAUGGAGAUUGGUGUUCCAAGCUUAUUAAUCUUCGCGAGCAGCUUAAAAUGGCUACAAAAUGUUUUGAAAUAGGAGCAUCAUCGGGUAAAUCUACCAAAGGACCAAACUCUAAAUCUUCAACAAAAGCCAAGGAGAAAGUCGGUAAAUCCGCUAAAAGUAAGAAGAAAUUGCCAGUAAAGAAAUUGAGUAAGGGUGUAAUUACGAAAUUAGUCAAACAAAUCAAUUCGAUUACAGAUGAAAAUAUUAUUCUCGCUUUAUACGAAGUUAUUGAAGAAGAAGAAUCGUACAUGCAACUAACAGGAGAUAUCGUCGAAUUUAAUCCAUCUACAUUAAAGCCAUCUACUUUGGUUGCUCUUAAAGCAAAAUUAGAUUCCUUAUUACCACAAAGUCAAGCUUAA